GGAACGGCACGGUGUGCGGGACGGGUGUGUGGCGCUGCUGGUCAUGGAGACGCGCCGAGCUCUGCACUUCGUCUUCAAAGUGGGAAACCGCUUCCAGACGGCGCGUUUCUUUCGUGAUGUCCUGGGCAUGAAGGUUCUGCGGCAUGAGGAGUUUGAAGAGGGCUGCAAAGCUACCUGUAAUGGGCCUUAUGAUGGGAAAUGGAGUAAAACAAUGGUGGGAUUUGGACCUGAGGAUGAUCAUUUUGUUGCAGAACUGACUUACAAUUAUGGCAUCAAAGACUACAAGCUUGGCAAUGACUUUAAGGGUAUCACAGUCGCUUCUAGCCAGGCUGUGAGCAAUGCCAGGAAGCUGAAGUGGCCACUCACUGAAAUUUCAGAAGGUGUUUUUGAAACUGAGGCCCCAGGAGGAUAUAAGUUCUAUCUGCAGAAUCAAAGUCCACCUCAGUCAGAUCCUGUAUUAAAAGUAACUCUAGCAGUGUCUGAUCUUCAGAAGUCCUUGAACUACUGGUCUAAUCUACUGGGAAUGAAAAUUUAUGAAAAAAAUGAAGAGAAGCAAAGGGCUUUGCUUGGCUAUGCUGAUAACCAGUGUAAGCUAGAGCUACAGGGCAUCAAGGGUGCAGUUGAUCAUGCAGCAGCUUUUGGAAGAAUUGCCUUUUCUUGUCCCCAAAAAGAGCUGCCUGACUUAGAAGACUUGAUGAAAAGGGAGAAGCAGAAGAUUCUGACUCCCCUGGUGAGUCUGGAUACCCCCGGGAAAGCAACAGUGCAAGUGGUCAUUCUGGCCGACCCUGAUGGACAUGAAAUUUGCUUUGUGGGGGAUGAAGCAUUUCGAGAACUUUCUAAGAUGGAUCCAACAGGAAACCAAUUGUUGGAUGACGCAAUGGCAGCAGAUAAAAGUGAUGAAUGGUUUGCUAAACGAAUUAAACGUUAAUAGAAGAUAUCAUGUGGAACAAGCAUUUACGAUUCCUGUCUAUCACCUGCGAGGUUUGAUGUGUCCAUUCAUAAUAAAUGCUCUCACAACUUGAUUGUUCCCUGUAUAGGCGAGGAAGCUGGGUGGUGAAGAUUUGUGUAUUUUAAUCUUUGAAAGCUCUGAUAUGUUUUUAUGUUUUAGGUAUAAAUCCUUUUAUUGUCAGUCUGGGGCAACUAUAUGGAACAUUACCCUUGGUUGGGGAUGAAUGGAAGGAAUUUUAAUAAGCAUGUGGAUUUUAUGAAAACACUUAUUUGCAAAAUAAAUUUUGUUCCUUAAACCAAAAGAUGUAGUUAACACCCCCGCAUUCCUUGCUUUAAAAUUUUGAGUAGCCAGAGAAAACAGACAGAAGGAUCUAAUGCAGUGGUUCUCAACCUUCCUAAUGCCGCGACCCUUUAAUACAGUUCCUCAUGUUGUGAUGACCCCCAAUUUCAUUGUUACAAAUUGAACAUAAUUAAAGUGUAGUGAUUAAUCACAAAAACAAUAUGUAAUUAUAUAUGUGUUUUCCAAUGGUCUUAAGCGACCCCUGUGAAAGGGUCAUUUGACCCCCAAAGGGGUCGCGACCCACAGGUUGAGAACCGCUAAUCUAAUGUGUUGUGUAGCUACACACCUGGCUCUGUGCUAGUUUCCUUAUAUAAUUUUUAAAAAUCUUCACAAAAAGAGAACACAUUAAAUUUCUUUUUUUU